AGGAAGCGCUGCCUUUAUAUAAAGAGGAAGGGAGGAGAUCCGUUUCUCGAGGAUUCUCUUCUCGCUUCGUUUCUUCUUGUGGCGAUGACCAUCCAAGAAACCUAACUGCUCUCCGGGUUUCUUCUUCUGGUGUUGUGCUUCUUGGAGCUCUCCUCGCAUGGCGUCGGAGGCGUGCUCCCUGGUUCUCGGCCGCGGGCUGAGCUGCACCAAGCCCCGCGCCCGCCCCCCGAUCGCACGCCUCCGCCCCUCGCUCCGUGUCUCUGGCAAGAUGCGGAACAGGAACUUGAGUUCCCAGCAAAAGAGACAGCAAGCUAAAAGAGUUCCUUCAAGGCAAUUUCCACUAAAUAUGGACACUCAAUCCCAUAAAAAUAACAACAGUGAAGCUCAAGAAUCUAGUGUUGCUGGUAUAUCACGGUCAGGCGAGAAAACUAUAUCAAGUGAUGAUGCUGACUCUGAUAUUAACAGGGAGAUGAAUGUGGCAGUGUUGACCCCUGAAGAAACUAAUAUCGUGAUUGAGAAUGACGUCAGACAAUCGCAUUCAAGCAUUCGUCUAGAAGACUUAAUAUCCAUGAUCAGGAAUGCUGAGAAAAAUAUUUUGCUUCUUAAUCAAGCUCGAAUUCAUGCACUUAAAGAACUUGAUAAAAUUCUUUCUGAAAAGGAGGCUUUGCAAGCUGAAAUAAACAAUUUAGAGAUGAAGUUAGCAGAAACAGAUGCACGAAUUAAAGUUGCAGCUCAAGAGAAGAUAAAUGUGGAGCUACUCGAAAGGCAGCUUGAGAAGCUGAAGAAUGAAAUGUCCUCAAAGAAUUCUGUCAAGGAAGGAAAGCAUGGUAUACUUGACCGUGAAUCUCCCCUUGUGUUGGAGCUUAAUGAUCUCAGAAAAGAAAAUGAAUUUCUAAAGGAUGAUAUACAGACUCUUAAGUUGAAACUUGCUGAUGUUAGUGAAACAGAGGAGCAUGUAUCAUUGCUAGGGAGAGAACAAUCUGCUUUAAAGGCUUCCUUUAGAGAGCUGCAAUCUCAAUUUGCAAAUGCUCAAGAUGAUGUUUCAAAACUUGAUUCUCUGCAAUGUGAAUGCAAAGGUUUGUCGAUCAAGGUUGAAAAUUUACAAGCAUUGUUUGAUAAUGCAAGGCAAAAGUUGGACCAUCCUUCUUUAGAUUUACAACAAUAUCAUGAGCUGCAGAAGAAGGUUGACAAGUUAGAAGCGUCAAUAACAGAAACAAAUAUGUCAAAGUUUCCAUCUGAAAAGUUUCACCAUUUUGAUGAGAUUCUGCAACAGAAAAUUGAUAUAUUGGAGAAACGAUUGCAGGAGUCUGAUCUAGAAAUACAUUCCCAAAUUGAGAUGUUUCAAGAAUCAGUUAGAGAAUUUCAUCAUACACUAACUAAAUUAAAAGAAGAAAGCGAGAAAAGAUCUCAAAAAUCUUCAUUGGAAAAUAUGCCUUGGGAAUUCUGGAGUCGUUUACUGCUUAUAAUUGAAGGUUGGUUACUUGAGAAGAAAAUCUCACCUAAUGAUGCUAAGUUGUUGAGAGAAAUGAUAUGGAAGAAGGAUGCUCAGAUUCAUGAUGCAUUUUUGGCAAGUAGGAGCAAGAAUGAGCAUGAAAAGGUGGCUACGUUCCUCAAGUUGACGUACUCUCGCAAAAGCCCAGGAUUGCACAUAAUCCAUAUUGCAGCAGAAAUGGCUCCAGUUGCAAAGGUUGGUGGCUUAGGGGAUGUUGUGUCUGGUCUUGGUAAAGCACUACAGCGGAAGGGACACUUGGUAGAAAUUAUCCUUCCAAAAUAUGAUUGCAUGGAGCAUGAUCUUAUCACUGACCUGAAGGCUCUGGAUGUUGUAGUAGAGUCUUAUUUUGAUGGACGGACGUUCAAGAAUAAAAUUUGGAUUGGGACUAUUGAAGGUCUGCCUGUGUAUUUUAUAGAGCCUCAUCAUCCAGCUAAGUUCUUCUGGAGAGGAAAAUACUAUGGAGAGCAUGAUGACUUCAAACGUUUUUCAUUCUUUAGCCGUGCUGCUCUUGAAUUGCUCUAUCAAGCUGGGAAAAAACCUGACAUAAUUCAUUGUCAUGAUUGGCAGACAGCUUUUGUUGCACCACUUUAUUGGGAUAUAUAUGCUGCCAAAGGUUUUAAUUCAGCUAGAAUUUGCUUCACCUGCCACAACUUCGAAUAUCAGGGGACAGCACCUGCUUCAGAGUUGGCAUCCUGUGGACUUAAUGUUCACCACCUAAAUAGACCUGACAGAAUGCAGGACAAUUCAGCACAUGAUAAGGUCAAUCCUGUCAAGGGUGCAAUUGUGUUCUCUAACAUUGUUACCACUGUAUCACCAACUUAUGCUCAAGAGGUGUGCACUAUAGAGGGUGGUCGGGGACUCCAUGAAACAUUAAAAUCUUCUUCUAAGAAAUUUGUUGGGGUUCUUAAUGGUAUUGAUACAGAUGCAUGGAAUCCUUCUACAGAUAACUAUAUCAGAGUUCAAUACAGUGCUGAUGAUCUUCAGGGAAAAGCAGAGAACAAAGAUGCUCUAAGGAAGCUUCUUAAGCUUUCCAGUUCAAAGGUUACUCAACCACUGGUUGGUUGCAUUACACGGCUCGUACCACAGAAAGGUGUGCAUCUUAUCAGACAUGCAAUAUACCGUACACUGGAGUUGGGAGGACAGUUUGUGCUUCUUGGUUCAAGUCCAGUGGCCCACAUUCAACAAGAGUUUGAGGGCAUUGCAAAUCAUUUCCAAAGCCACUCUCAUGUUCGAUUGCUCUUGAAAUAUGAUGAUGCUCUUUCACACUUGAUUUAUGCAGCAUCUGACAUGUUUAUUAUUCCAUCAAUGUUUGAGCCUUGUGGCCUUACCCAGAUGAUUGCUAUGAGAUAUGGUUCUGUGCCAAUUGUAAGAAAAACUGGCGGGCUGAAUGAUAGUGUUUUUGAUAUUGAUGAUAAUACAGUACCAGUACAAUACCGAAAUGGAUUCACAUUUAUCACACCUAAUGAACAGGGUCUAAGCAAUGCCAUGGAACGAGCAUUUCAGUACUGCAUCAGAAGCCCUGAGAGCUGGCAACAACUUGUUCAGAGGGACAUGAGACUGGAUUUCAGUUGGAAUUCUUCAGCAACACAAUAUGAAGAAUUAUAUGAAAGGUCUGUGGCUAGAGCAAGGGCAACAACUCGGGUGUAAAUUUCCAAGAAACUAAUACACAAAGCUGAAGUAUAUUCUGAGAUGCACUGCAGCAUUCGAUAUUUGGAUGUUUUUGCUCCAUCCAAAGACAGAAUAAAGUCAAAGCCAUUAGUCAUUCAUGACCAUGAUUUUGAAUACCAUUGAUACCAAUUAAAAGGUUCAGAGUUAUGAGAUAUACUGCACCAUUAAUUUGCUUCAUCUUCCAGCAAGUUCAAUGUACAGAGCAGGAAAUACCUAUUACCAUGAGCAACAAACGCUACAAAGUACUUCGUGCCAAAUCUGUAUCAUGUAGCAGUUUCAGUGUUUCUUUCAGAUGCACUCUAUUUUGUGAAAUAACUUCUGGAAGAUGAUUUGCUCUCUUUUCAUUAGUUCUAUAUGUAGCAUAAUUUUCUUUUGUAACAGACCAUACACUGUAAUUCAAAACAUUUUGAUUCAGAAUUAAGAGUAAUAUGUCACCUUCAUUUGGCUUUAA